CAGGCCGGCUGCAGGAGGGUGCUGUUCCCAGGGUUCCGGACCAGCUUCUACCGAAUGCGUUGACAUUCCAGAUUGCGAAGCGCAGCGCUCGUCGACACCAGCUCUCGAACCUGCUUACCGUACGCGUGAUACUCUGCAGCCAAUACUGAGUCUUCAGAAAUCACGUCACUCACUCGACAUGCCGUUUGGACAGCUGGUCCUCGGCAGCGCGGGCGCGGGGAAGAGCACCUACUGCGAUGGAAUUCAUGGGCGCCAUCGGGCGGCAGUGCUCGGUGGUCAACCUCGACCCGGCAAACGACCGAACGAACUACGACUGCGCGCUCGACAUCCGCAACCUCGUGACCCUGGAGGAGAUCAUGUCGGAUGACCGGCUAGGGCCCAACGGUGGCAUUCUCUACGCGCUCGAGGAGCUGGAGCACAACAUCGAAUGGCUAGAGAACGGACUGAAGGAGCUGGGCGAGGAUUAUGUCCUAUUUGAUUGCCCAGGGCAGGUCGAGCUCUACACCCACCACACGUCGCUGCGGAACAUCUUCUACCGGCUGCAAAAGCUGGGAUACAGGCUCGUCGCAGUCCACCUCUCCGACUGCUUCUGCCUCACCCAGCCCUCGCUCUACGUCUCGAACCUCCUGCUCGCCCUGCGCGCCAUGCUGCAGAUGGACCUCCCACACAUCAACGUCCUCACCAAGAUCGACAAGAUCUCCUCGUACGACCCGCUGCCGUUCAGGCUCGACUUCUACACCGAGGUGCAGGACCUGUCGUACCUCAUCCCGGUCCUCGAGGCGGAGUCGCCCGCGAUGCGGAGCGAGAAGUUUGGGCGCCUGAACCAGGCCGUGGCCGACCUCAUCGAGCAGUUCGGCCUGGUCAGCUUCGAGGUGCUGGCGGUGGAGAACAAGAAGAGCAUGAUGCAUCUCCUGCGCGUGAUCGACCGGGCUGGGGGUUAUGUGUUUGGCGCCGCGGAGGGCUCCAACGACACCAUAUGGCAAGUGGCGAUGCGGAACGAGUCGUCGCUGCUGGACGUUCAGGACGUCCACGAGAGGUGGAUCGAGAGCAAGGAUUUCUAUGACGAGCUGGAGAGGAAGGAGGAGGAGGAGCAGGACAGGAUCCGGCAGGCGCAAGCCGAGGCUGCCGCCGAGGCGUCGGGCGACGGUGUGCUGGACGCCUUGUCGCGGCCGCCGGUUCCGGAUAGUGGCAUACGGGUAGCGCGCAAGAAGAAGUGAAAGCACACGGGCAUCCAUCUCUUCAUCCGUCGUCAGACAUAUCCUCAUCCACGCCCUCCGCCUCCGAGUCGCUCGGACCGCCCUGAGUCGCGAGGCUGCGGGCCUGGUUAUCGCUCCGCAGCAGAGCGCCCAGCGCGUCGGACGAGGCCCUGCCGGCCAUUUCCUCCUUGGCGGCGAGGACGAGCAGCUUGGCGCGCCGCACGGC